GUCUUCUUUUGCUUUUGCUCGCGUGUGGAGCGUUGAAUGAAAUCGUGUUGAUCGUCGAAUUGGUGUUUUUUCCUCUCUCCUGGGUGUAGUAAAAGUGAUUCACGAUGGCCGCCGCAGACGUCGACAUACAAAAGGCAAAUGAUCUCCCGCGUACCCUUAAGCUGUCCGGUCAUGUAGGCUUCGAUAGCAUGCCGGAUCAGCUGGUCAGCAAGAGCGUCCAGAAUGGGUUCGUGUUCAAUAUCCUGUGCAUUGGUGAGACGGGUUUGGGCAAGUCUACCCUGAUGGAUUCGUUGUUCAAUACCAACUUCGAAUCGCAACCGAGUCCGCACACCUUACCUAAUGUCAAGCUGAAGGCCCACACCUACGAGCUGCAGGAGAGCAUGGUGCGCUUGAAGCUCACCAUCUGCGACACGGUUGGUUACGGCGAUCAAAUUAAUAAGGAUGAUUCGUUCAAGGCAGUGGUCGACUACAUCGAUCAGCAGUUUGAAACGUUCCUCCAGGAGGAACUGAAGAUCAAGCGUUCGCUCUCGACUUACCACGACAGUCGAACCCAUAUUUGUUUGUAUUUCAUCUGUCCCACUGGCCACGGCUUGAAAUCGUUGGAUUUGGUGUGUAUGAAAAAGUUGGACUCCAAAGUAAACAUUAUACCAAUUAUUGCAAAAGCAGAUACCAUUUCAAAAACUGAACUGUCCAAGUUCAAAGCUAAAAUCAACGAUGAAUUGCGCAACAAUGGGGUGCAGAUUUACGCGUUCCCGACCGACGAUGAAUCCGUUGCUGAAAUUAACGCAACUAUGAACUCGCAUAUACCGUUUGCCGUUGUAGGCAGUACUGAUAUGGUGCGUGUUGGAAACAAAACGGUUCGUGCCAGACAGUACCCUUGGGGAACCGUUCAGGUAGAGAACGAAGCUCAUUGCGAUUUCGUCAAGCUGAGGGAGAUGCUUAUCCGCACCAAUAUGGAGGAUAUGCGCGAGAAAACCCAUACCAAACACUACGAACUGUACCGGCAAAAACGCCUGGAACAGAUGGGUUUCACCGAUGUGGACAGUGACAACAAACCGGUGUCGUUCCAGCAAACAUUUGAAGCCAAACGUAGCAACCACUUGGCUGAACUGCAAGCCAAAGAGGACGAAGUUCGUCAAAUGUUUGUAGUCCGUGUCAAGGAGAAGGAAGCGGAACUGAAGGAAAGCGAAAAGGAGUUGCAUGCCAAAUUUGAUAAGCUCAAGAAAGACCACGCCGAAGAGAAGCGCAGAUUGGAAGAAUCUCGCAAGAAGCUGGAGGAAGAGUUUGUCGAAUUCAACCGACGGAAGUCGCAAAUGGUCGCUUCUCACCACACUCUCACGCUGGGAAAAAGCAAAAAGAAAUGAAACUUGUAGAUUGGUGGGAAGAUGACGCCCUGAAAACCAAUAGAAAAAAAAAACAAAAACAAAUCAAACCAUCAAAGUAUCUCUUCUACAAAUCUGCUUUCCUUUGGACAUCGGUCGAGAUGUUUCGCAAUAAAGUCUGUUCAUCGUCGCACAUCUCGAAUGCUAAGUCAAACAUUAGGAACCAGGUUCACAUUUUAGACGGUUGAUUCGAUGAUAGCGCAAGCUAGUUUACAUUGGCUUCUGAAGCCUGAACCUUUUUAGCUGAUUUUCAAGUUUUCAAAGUUUAGGCUAAACUGUGCACAGAUUCUCCCAACAUAAGUACAUGCUUCGCUAAUCUGAUAAACAGGCAUUUAUCAGAUCGAGUACAAAGCUUUGAAAAAAAAAAACCAGCAUGGUGCAACGUGAGACAGCUUACAAAUCCCCCGAACGAAUGCAAAAGUUAGCAUAAUAUUGUAAUUUUCCAGAAAAAUACGUAUUUUAAAAUUGGAAAGCAUACCACGUAGAGUUUAUCGAAAAAAUAUAGCGACAUCUCAUCGAAUAGCUUCCGAAAGGGAAGUCUUCAAGAUGAUGAUACCAUUCUCUGUAAAAACAAUAUGAGAUGAUAAAACAAAUUAAACUUUGCUUCCAUCCUUAAAAUAGAACCGGCUGUUGCGAAGAAUCUCUUAUAGCAGCUUCCAUCAUGACAUAAUCCAAAAACAAUUGCCUACAACACCCUACAACCACCAACAAAAACCCGUAGAAAAGCAGCACAUAGUAUUUUGGAACAAAGUGAAAAAAGAAUACAAAUUUUAGCACUAGAUCAACAGUAUAGAAUCUACUUAGAUAAAAAAACCAUUAUAACCGAUAUUUACAGCUUUCUGUCCCGCAAUGUAUCGCAUAAUCGUCAUUUUUUUCAACGUCUUUGUUGUAUUGUCAAGUAUUCAGGCAUUUAGGUUUAAGAACGGAAGAAUAAAACUUUACUCGACUAGUGUUGUCCUACUUUUUCGAAGUUCGAAUUCGGUCAUCAAACCAAAUCUACCAACAAUGAGAUUGGUUUCUCGGUUUAAACUCCAAAAAUAUUUCUCCUAAUAUAUGGCUCUAUAUAUUCUACAAAAA